AGAGUCAGAUAAGUGUGUGUCUGUGAAGAUAGCACAGAUGACCCACCUCACCUCUUUUUUGCUUCUCUUUCGUCCGUCAGUAGAUGUUUGCCCUGACAAAGGAAUACAUGGUGUGUGAGGAAUCGUAAACUCACAUUCUCAAGGUAAAUCCAGAACUACUGUACAAUGGAGAAGGAACAGCCAACAGGAGGACUUCACUUUGUUGGCAAAAAAGAUGAUCUGGUUGCAGCAAAGCGCUCUUUUAGAACACUGGAGGACCGGGAUGUUCUGAUCGUUUCCCAUGAGGGGGUCUUCUAUGCUUUAGAUUCUUACUGCUAUCAUGCUGGAGGAAAGCUGGACCAUGGAGACAUUGAGGAAUUUGAUGGCAAGCUGUGCAUCAUUUGUCCUAAACACAAAUACAAGAUCUCCUUGGCCAAAGGUGAGUGUUUGUCCAAGGCCAAGGACCCCUCGCAGGACUCGGCUCUACCCAGAUGGUACUCCAAAGGUGUGAAGCAGAGGACACACCUGGUAACUGAGAUCAACGGUGAUAUCUACGUCAAGCUGUCCACGGAGCCCGGCUGGCUCGAGUCCGAUUAUUACCAGGGUGAAAAGGGCAAAAGGACAAGAGCCAUUGCUGCCACAGAUGAGGAGAAGAGCGAAUCCUGAUAGUAGAAAUUCACAGAUUAUUUUCCAGUGGUGAUUUAAAAAUGUUAAUCUUUUUGAUGUUAUGUUGAGAUUGUGGCUGAGCUGCUUGAAUGUUUAUUUAUCACAGUUAAAACAAAUGGAUAUAAACAGCGUCAUAUUCAUGUUCAUGGUUCUUUGAACUGUAUUCAAACUGUCCUCACACAAAAUGCGAAGGACAAGGAGGAAGGUUAAAAAAGAAAACCCUCAAAUAUGUACUUGGCAUUUCCAUUAUUUGCCUUUAGUCUAAUAAUAAAUAAAUUACACCAAAAUCAACUGUAAGUGCAUGAAUCCGUUGAAGUUUUUGCCAGUUUAAAUGGCACGUGAUGCCAAUGUUGCAAAGUUUCUCAGUGAAGACAUUAAGAUCUAUUCAUUGUCCCUUGGACACACACAGUGUCCUUGCAACAGGUUUGCAUCUUGUCCCAGAAUCAGAGUACGAGAAAAAGUUGCAGUACAGGAAUAAUCACACGCGCACACACACACACACACACGAGGGUUAACACAGUUAUGUAGUUGGCUAAUUAUUUUUUUCCUUUUGUGUUUUUAAGAAGAAUUAAAUGAAAAUGUUUGAUAUG